ACCAUAUUCACUCCAUCCGUCUCCUCUUCUACCUUUCUACCACAAUGAAGCUCUCUAUCGUAGUACUUUUCGCUCUAUUCGCGGUAUCGUCCGCGAUCGACAUGUCGAUCAUCCGCUACGACGCGGAACACAUGCCCGCCACCUCGCGUACCGAUGACGAAGUCAACGGUAUGUACGAGUCAUGGCUUGUUAAACACGGCAAAUUCUACAACGCCCUUGGAGAGAAAGAAAAGAGGCUAGAGAUCUUUAAAGAUAAUCUUAAGUAUAUCGAUGAACAUAACUCGGGUGAUCACUCGUAUAAACUUGGACUUAACAAGUUUGCUGAUCUGUCCGUUGAAGAGUACCGGUCUACUUACACCGGUGUUAAGAAGAUCGAUUCGAAGCCGAAGGUGAAUGGCGUUAAAAGCGAUCGGUACGCGGUUCGAGCCGGUGACGAUCUCCCGGAUUCCGUUGACUGGAGGACCAAAGGGGCCGUUGCUGCUGUUAAAGAUCAAGGAAGCUGUGGGAGUUGUUGGGCGUUUUCGACCAUCGGAUCAGUGGAAGCUGUAAACCAGAUCGUAACCGGUGAUCUAAUUACAUUAUCUGAACAAGAGUUGGUAGAUUGCGACACAUCGUACAACGAAGGAUGCAAUGGUGGUGAUAUGGAUUAUGCUUUUGAUUUCAUCGUCAAGAAUGGCGGUAUUGACACCGACACAGACUAUCCUUACACGGGCAAGGAUGGUAAAUGUGAUAGUAAAAGGAAAAACGCAAAGGUUGUUUCGAUUGAUAGUUAUGAAGAUGUUCCUGUGAAUGAUGAGGCGGCAUUGAAGAAGGCUGCUGCAAACCAACCUAUUACUGUUGCUAUUGAAGGGAGUAGCCGAGAUUUCCAGCUCUACACUUCGGGUGUCUUUAGUGGUUCAUGUGGAACCGCUUUGGACCAUGGUGUAGUUGUGGUUGGGUACGGGACGGAAAAUGGCAAGGACUACUGGAUUGUUAGGAACUCAUGGGGUGCGGAAUGGGGUGAACAAGGCUACAUAAGAAUGGAACGCAACAUAAAACAAAAAACAGGUAAAUGUGGAAUUGCAAUGGAGGCAUCUUACCCAAUCAAGAACGGUCUUAACCCACCAACCCCCACUCCAUCACCACCAACCCCCACUCCAUCACCACCGACCCCCGUCACACCCGAAGUUGUUUGUGACAAGCACUCCACGUGCCCUCAAAGCACCACUUGCUGUUGCGUCUUUAGUUUCCGCAACUCUUGCCUUUCAUGGGGUUGUUGUCCUUUGGAAGGCGCCUCGUGCUGUGAUGAUCACUACAGUUGCUGCCCACACGAUUACCCCGUUUGCAAUGUCCGUCGUGGCACAUGCUCAAAGAGUACAAAUAGCCCAUUGGAAAUUAAGGCAUUGAAGCGUAUUCUUGCUACACCAACUUAUACCAAUGAGAGGAAGACUGCCUGAGAAGCAUGGCUGCCAUGGGAGGCUGUUAUUAUUUAAGACUUUUAAGUUUAAUCUGAAAAAAAAAAAAAAAACAAACAAACAAACAAUUUGAUUUAUCAUCUGGCAAUCAGAUGCUCAUUCGUACAUAUUGUAUUGAUUUCUGUACUCAAUUUCAGCAACAUUGCUUUCCUCUAAUUAAAAUCUUUCUUUUACUUUAUUA